CCACAACCGCACAGACGACAGAUUUGAUCGCACUGUCAACUCGAAGAAGCUUAUAAUCUCUUGGUCAACCCCAUAUAUUAUCUUUUUGAGCACGUGUAUACGGAUAAAGCCCCUGAGAAGCCGGGUGGCUGACAAGUGUUUGAAGUGAUUGACCAGCAAUCAAAGGACCGGCCUUCAGGGUGAAAUACUAGAUGUUGUUGAAUAUUCAAUAAGCUGUGAGUGUGAAGCCGUGGAGGGCGACCAAUAGCAAUAUGACCCUGGACCUCACCACCUUGGAUGCUCAUGAGCAGCCCUCUAUUUAUAUGAGGAAGAAAUGGAAGGGCUACACCCGAGGAGACGGCACUGAAACCCUCAACCGAGGCGACGUCGACGAUCUGUCUGUGCCGGAGAAGCUUGCAGAGUUCCAAAAAGCAGGCACGAUACCCGCAGAAAAGAUUCGGGAUGCGCUUGCCCGCCUAGAUGAACAUGACCCGUCUAUCGCUGAAGUCAAGGAAGACGCCAUCAUCUACCAUCACCCCCUGAUUCCAGGACUGCUGAUCGUACCGUCGCUUCUACCACCCACCAUCCAGCAGACCCUGCUGUCUCGUCUUAUUCACCGGGACCUGGGCAUGCCUCAUCACCAGACUAACAUGCACCUGCACUACGACAUCCCUUAUCCUGAAAAGAGUGCUGUUACCAACCAGCCGCAGUCCUUUUUCACGUAUGCGCCAGAAUCAGAAACCGUCUUCGUCCCCAAGGACCCCUCAGUGCACAAGACUCUGUCUAUGAAGCAGGUCUUGGAACGGAAACUACACUGGGUCACGCUGGGCGGUCAGUAUGACUGGACAAACCGGGUCUACCCGGGUGAACAACCGCCCGCCUUCCCUGAAGAUGUGGCUGGUCUCUUGGAAACUCUUUUCCCCGAGACUCAGGCUCAGGCGGCCAUUGUCAACUUCUACACCCCGGGAGACACAAUGAUGAUGCAUCGGGACGUGUCUGAGGAGACAGACAAGGGCCUUGUGAGCGUCAGCAUGGGCUGUGAUGCAUUGUUCAUGAUCGCACCCAACGACGUGGGCAAGCUCCCCGAGGCUGAAAGGCCCGUGCAGGGAGAGAGGGAUUGUUUGCUCUUGCGUAUCCGGUCGGGAGACAUCAUUUACAUGACGCAAGAGGCACGAUACGCAUGGCAUGGAGUACCCAAGGUCAUCAAGGGGACGUGUCCUGACUACCUGGCGGACUGGCCAGCAGAAGAUGGCAAGUACGAGGAGUGGAGCGGAUGGAUGUCCAACAAGAGGAUCAACCUCAACGUGAGGCAGAUGAGAGACUGAUGCACACCUACCUAUCUAUCCUGGAAGCCUUGGCCCACUUGGAUCUCCAGUCCUCAACGGACGAGAACAUCUGCCAAUAUUGGAACCGGUCGACACCAUCCGCGAUUAGUCAAGUCAACUGGGCCGAGUUGCCUGCUCCUACAACUCACAUCACGCUGGGUUUAGUCCGUGGUAUCCGGCAUGGCACCGGGAAUUGGUGGCUAACUCCGCCGGUCCUCCCACCGGGGAAUGACGCGGCUCUCGACGCGCGCUCAUGCCCAUGCCCACCGAGCCUUCACGGAGACACACCGCACGCGAGAUGCUGUGAUCCACACGUUGGUGUGUCCCCAGGACUGCUCAGCCACGACGCCAAAAUCGAUGUGGGGCAAACACCACGAGAUCCACGUGGGAUCCAUCUGGGUGACGAUGCAAAGCCACGGUACCGAAGCUUGGAUAAGCUCAGGCUUAGCAAAUAUCUCGUAUGGGGCGAAAUUGAGCUGUACUCGUGAGAAGUCACCACUUUCUAGUGUGUACUUGUCGGGGUCAUGUCAAAAGGAAAUGAAGAAGCCGGGGGUAAUGAGUCCAUCGUAACAUGUAGCCAGGCUGCGCCUCCCACGAGCAGAACUUUGGUUUGUGACACCGGGAAACUCGGCUAUCCACGGCGGUCAUGGGCUCAUCAGUUUACAUCUUGUUGAAUUGAGCACCCGGUGGCUUCAUCAAGCAGAGGCAGGAGAGGGCUGGAGGGCUGUCCAGAGGCGUUGGGCUGCGCCACACUUGCAGAACAGCGCCACAGAAGAGGCAGCCCAGCGACGAGUCGAAUUAGUCGGUUCCGAGCGGCCCGCAAUGGGCAGACCAGAACAGAGUCAAGAAUCUGACUACGGGCAUCGGCCUACAAUCCAAGCGCGA